ACAUUUUUAAAUUUCUGGCGCCAAAAGUUUUAAAGUGGCUAUGGCGAUGCUUUCGUUUUGUUCUCCGAGCGUCUCCCUGCCCUGGAACACGAAAUUGGGAGGGAGGAAACGCGAUGGAGUAAUCUCUCGAGCAGCGCUCGACAAGGGGGGAAAUUGCGCGACUUGCAAAGGCAAAGGCGCCAUGGAGUGCAAGGGAUGCAAGGGAACUGGCAAGAACAAGAAGAAUGGCAAUGUUUUCGAGCGAUGGAAAUGCUUUGAUUGCCAAGGCUUUGGAUAUGUGAGCUGCCCAAGAUGUGGCAAAGGUGGAUUGACCCCAGAACAAAGGGGAGAAAGAUAAGGUUUAUAAGAUUUUUAAGGUGAAGCGGCAACCAAACCUAAUUAUAUAAUUUCUUCAUACUUAAACUAUUGCAAAUGACAACCCAUCAGCGCAGCCACACUACUUCGCCAGCAUUCCUGUGGUAGAGGCUGAAUUCCACGCUCUUGGUGACGGAGGCUACACGUUUGCACGAUGCGAUCUUUUUUAUCAUA